AUGUCUUUAACGUUACAUACCAACUAUGGCGACAUCAAAAUAGAACUCUUCUGCUAUGAGGUUCCUAAAACGUGCAAAAACUUCCUAGCCUUGUGUGCCUCAGGAUAUUAUGAUAACACCAAGUUUCACAGGAAUAUCAAAGGAUUCGCCAUCCAGGGUGGGGACCCAACGAACACGGGAAAAGGCGGUGAAAGCAUUUUUGGGAAGUACUUCGAUGAUGAAUUUCAAUCAACGUUAAAGCACGACAAACGCGGAAUCGUCUCCAUGGCUAACAAGGGAAAGCCCAACACGAACGGGUCGCAGUUCUUCAUAACUUACUCUAGGCAACCGCACCUCAAUGGAGUUUACCCGGUCUUUGGCAAGGUCAUUGAUGGGAUGGAUGUUCUGUCCGUUCUGGAAAACGAACCCGUGGGGGAGAAGCACAAGCCCGUGAAGGACAUCCUGAUAGAGUCUAUCACCAUACACGCCAACCCCAUCGCGGAGGAUGAGGCUGUGUCGACUUGA